AUGUCAAGAAACUGUUACAACUUUGCUGUACCAUUGUUGGUUGUUUUCUUGCCGACAGCGUUUGUUGCCUCUCUGCAGCACCCAAUCGUUGUUCAAGAUUAUAAUUACAAUGGAUAUUAUGAUUUCCAACCAACAGCAAAAUUUGAGAAACCAAUCGUUGUGAAAGCUAUCGACAAACCGAAGAAUCAGCAAGAUUUUAGUAAAAUUCCUGGUAUUCCGGGCGUAGACUAUCCUUUGUAUCAUACUGUACCCCCGACAACUUUUUCCUGCGCUUACGUUCCAUUCGUACCAGGAAUGUACGCGAAUGUAGAAACCGGUUGUCAGGCAUAUCAUAUUUGUCACGAUGGUCGUGAAGGUCAUCAAGGUGCAUCCUUCCUUUGCACUAAUGGGACUCUUUUCAAUCAACGGGACUUCGGUUGCGAUUGGUGGUACAAUGUGAAUUGUGCUGAAGCCCCAGCUUUGUACAAGUUAAACUUAGAUCCUCUGAAGAAUCCUUAUAUACCAAAAGAAAAGAAGAAGCCUACACCAGAACAUAUGAGAAUCGUUAUCCUUUGA